GUUGUUGAUCGCUGGCGCGGAUCACUCGAUACGUUGUUGGUAUUCAUUGCUCUGUUCUCGGCUAUUGUCACGACAUUUUUUGUUCAAUCGCUUGACGGUCUCACUCAAGACCCCAGUGAUCGUACUAACGAGCUCUUACAGAACCUUACUAGCAUUGUUCUCUCUAUUGGUCACGGCAAUCUGUCCGCGUUGACCAUUGACGAGCCUCAGACCUUCGAGCCCGAGGCCAGCGCUGUGCGACUCAACUUCUACUGGUCCAUCGCCCUCAUCCUCAGCGUG